UUUUUUUUAUGCGUCCCAGAUUUGCUAGUCAGCUGAUGAGCUGAUGUUAAAGGCGCACGUGUGACAGCAAGCAACAAAUAUGACGGAAUUUAGUCGUUUGCCGACUAGUGUAAAGCCUACGAAUUACGAAAUUUUUUUAACAAUUAAUUUGGAUGAUUUUACUUACAGUGGUAAACAAAAUGUUUGUAUAAAAGUGUUGAAAUCAACAAAAUUUAUAGUUUUGAAUUCUUUAAAUAUUAAAAUUAAGACUGUUUCAUACAACAUUAACGGAGGCAAAGAUAUCAUAAAUGCUCAAAGCAUUGAAUACAACGUGCCAGAUGAGAUAGUCAGCAUAACUUUUUCAAAAGAAAUUCCCACAGGAGAUCUCGGCUAUCUCUCUUUCGAGUUUGAUGGGAUAAUAAAUGAGCAGUUGAAUGGUUUUUAUCGUAGCAAAUAUACUAGCAAUGGGAUGACAAAAUAUGCAGCUGUUACUCAAUUUGCACCCACAGAUGCUAGGAGAUGUUUUCCUUGCUGGGAUGAGCCAGCAAUUAAAGCUACAUUUGAUAUUACCUUAACAAUCCAAGAAGGAUACAUUGCAAUUUCCAAUAUGCCUAUCAAGAUCUCUAAGAAAUCUUCAGAAAACCUUACAAGUAUUAGUUAUGAAAAAACACCCAUUAUGUCUACUUAUUUAGUUGCAUUCAUGGUUUGCAAUUAUGGUUUCCUUGAAAAUUUGAAUGAUGGCAAAAUAAUUCGCGUUUAUGCCCCAAAAGAUAAACUAGAUCAGAGUCAGUUCACUCUUGACACAGCAAUGAAGUGUUUACCGUUUUACGAAUCUUACUUCAACAUCCCAUAUCCAUUAUCAAAAAUAGAUUUGGUUGCAAUGGCAGAGCUUAGUUUUGGGGCAAUGGAAAAUUGGGGACUUAUUACGUUUAGAGAAGCUGUCAUUCUUGUUGACUCAAACAGUUCAACAGACAAGAAGGAAAGGGCCGCACUAACUAUUGCUCAUGAAUUGGCUCAUCAGUGGUUUGGAAAUCUUGUGACAAUGGAGUGGUGGACUCAUUUAUGGCUGAAUGAAGGAUACGCUGCAUUCAUGGAAACCUUAUGUGUCGACAAUUUAUAUCCAGAGUUUAGUAUUUGGUCCAGAUUUUUAACUACAAAACAUAUUAAAGCUUUAGAACUUGAUGCCUUGGUGAAUACUCAUCCUAUUGAAGUACCAAUAAAAAAUCCGUCAGAAAUAGCUGAAAUAUUUGAUGAAAUUUCCUACAAUAAGGGUGCCAGUGUCAUUAGAAUGAUAUAUAAUUAUAUUGGUGAUGAGGACUUUAAAGAAGGAAUGAAAUUGUAUCUCAAAAAGCAUGCUUAUUCUAAUGUUCAGACUGCAGAUCUAUGGAAAUCUUUAGAAGAAUCUAGUAAUAAGCCGAUCGGCAGUAUCAUGUCAACUUGGACAAAGAUGCCAGGCUAUCCGCUUGUUUCUGUUACUGAAAAAAAUUUUAAAAACUCAAAAAAUCGUAUUCUUACCAUUUCUCAGAAAAGAUUUUAUUUUGGUAGUCCUAAUAAUACGGCUAAUACUAUUUGGUUGAUCCCGAUUUCCAUUAGUAGUGCUGAAAAUCCAGAAAAGGUACUAAAAAUUGUGAUUUUAGAUGAAAUAACUAAAGAUGUAGAAAUUGAAGGUAUAUCCAAGCAAAGUUGGAUCAAAGUGAAUACAGGGACGGUUGGAUUUUACAGGACUAUGUAUAGUACUGAUUUAUUUGAGAAACUGAUAUCAGCAGUUCAAGAAAAAAGCUUACCAACUUUUGAUAGACUUGGCUUACUGGAUGAUUUGUUUGCUACAGCUCAGUCUGGACACACUUCAACAGUUGAAUAUUUAAGAUUAUUAAAUGAAUUUAAGAAUGAAAGUGAUUACAUUAUUUGGUCUUCUAUUAUCAAUAGUUUAAGAAAAAUCAAUGGUAUUUUGUCCCACUUGGAAAAAAUCAUUCAUUGGUUUCAAGCAUUUGGAAGAAAUCUUUUGCAAGGAAUUCAAGCAAAACUCGGCUGGUCGGCUAAACCAAACGAACAUCAUUUGGAUACUUUGCUAAGAACUUUGGUUUUAAGCCAACUUGUCGAAUUCGCCGAUAAAGCUGUUAUUGAGGAAGCAAAACGUCUAUUUGAGCUUCAUAUUACGAAGCAAAGUAUUUUACCAGCUGAUUUUCGUGGUCUUGUUUAUCGCGCAGUAUUAUUAAAUGGGAGUGUAGGGGAUUUCGAGAAAAUACUAUCUCUCUACAGAGACACUGAUGCCCAUGAAGAGAAAAAUAGAAUCUUGAGUUCUUUUGGUGCUAUCAAAGAUUUGAAUAUUCUCCAAAGAAUCCUCGAGUUUUCAAUGAGCGAAGAAGUAAGAGCUCAGGAUACAAUUUAUGCCCUUAACUCUGUUGCAAGUAAUCAUCAAGGACGUCUUCUAGCCUGGCAAUAUUUUAAAAGCAAUUUAAAAUUGUUUGUUCAGCGCUGCCAAGCGGGAAAUUUAUUAACAAACAUCGUAGGGACGGUGACGAUAAAAUUCACUUCAGAGGAAAUUGUACCUGAUAUUAAAGAAUUUUUCGAACAAAAUGCUGUUUCGGGAACUGAAAGGACUGUACAGCAGAGCAUUGAAACUAUUAAACUGAAUGCAGCAUGGUUAAACCGUGAUCAAGAAUCAUUGAACAAGUUUUUAGAAAAUCAAUUUAAAGCAAAUUAAAAUUUUAAUUAAAAUAAAAAUUGUUUUAUUAA